CUUGAGCAUUUAUUAAACUCUUUGAUAGAUAAUAGAUGUUGAUAUGUCUUUAAUAAUGUCUCAAGGAAUAUGGGUAGCCUAAUAAAAAUCUGUCACGGUGCAAAACUUAUUGACAUAUUUACAAUAGAAACAUUAAGAUGUAUUGAUGUUCCUGUAGCUCACAUCGUAAUGGGUUCGAUCUUGGGGAUUAAUACAAAAAGAUUUAACUGUAUCGCACUGUAAGCUACAGUGUCUGCCAAAUCCAUAAAAGGGAUGUGAUGGCACUCAUGUAAUCAUGAGCCUACUAUAAGUUUCGAUUAUGAAGAAAAGCUUCACGCGCAAUAGGGCAGGCGCAAUAAGGUUUCGUUUUCCAAUCGCACUAAUAUAUAAUAAGCUGCGCGUCUCGGCGGAUGAUAAUGCAAAUACACGAAGCCCACAGGCGCCUUAUCCUUUAUUCCUGUCAUUAAUUUCUGAAAGAAAAAAACGGUUAUAGUUAUUUUACAUUAUUUAUAACUUAUAUUCAACAUGGGAGUUCAGGGACUAAAGAGCUACAUUGAGAAUAACACAGGCAUUUUAAGAAAUUUGCCUUUUAGAGACAGUAAACUCAUAAUCGAUGGAUGUAACUUUUACUAUAACCUAUACUUUAACUCGGAACUGGAUCAGAUGCAUGGAGGAGAAUAUGAGGCCUUUGCAGAUUUGAUCACACAGUUUAUCACAAACCUCAGAGACUGUGAUAUUCAGCCAUAUGUUGUAAUCGACGGUGGGUCCGACCACACUGACAAAAAAUUUGAGACCCUCAAGUCACGAGCAAAGGAUAAAAUAAGAAGGGCCAGUGAUCUGUCUAUAGGCCGGAGGGGGACGUGCCUGCCAUUUCAUGUUAAAAAUGUAUUCAGACAGACCCUAAAUAAACUCAAGGUGCCAUUUGUUCAAUGCACCGAAGAGGCAGAUUGGGAGAUUGCUGCUUUGGCCAAACAAUGGGAUUGUCCAGUUCUGUCCAAUGACAGCGAUUUCUAUAUAUUCAACCUCACGGCUGGACUCCUGCCUAUUGGACUAUUUUCCUGGAGAAAUAUCUGUGAGAACAGAGACACGAAGAAAAAAUACAUCCCAACCCAACAUUUCACAAUCGACAGAUUAUGUGCAUCUUUCAAUCACAUGAACAAGGAUCUUCUCCCAGUCCUCGCAUGCAUUCUAGGCAAUGAUUACGUGAAACUGCAAAACAUCUCAAGUCUCAAGUGGGAGGUGUUCUCAAAUUCUAGUGGGCACUUCGCCCAUAUUGAUGGUUUGUUUACCUGGUUAUCCAAGUUUCCAAAUCCAGAAGCAGCCAUUCAUGGUGUUCUCAAGUUCAUAACAGACAAUAAGGAAAAAUAUGAUGUACGUGAAGCAUUGAUUGAAGGCAUGAAAGAGUACGAGCUCACCAAAAGUUCUCUUGCCCAAUUCUUCAACUCGAACACACCGAUAGCCUGUACAGGUCCACAGCGAGCCCUGCCUGCGUGGAUUCUGAUGCAGCUGCAUGAAGGAAAGAUGAACUCCUUCAUUGUUGAUGUUUUGGUAUUGAAAAGGGUUAUGAUGAAUUCUCAGGUUGAAGAUUUCCAGCAACCCAGUAGCAAUAAAACCUCUCUAACCAUACGACAGGUCGUGUAUGGUUUACUAUUGUCAGAAGAACAACGAACAAGCACAGACAAGUGCUGUGUAACAGAGUAUGACAGACAGGGAUUAACUCUAACUUGUUCAGAAGUUAAAGCUACUAAAGUAAAAGAAGGACUUCAACUGGAAACAUUAUGGAAGGACCGACACGCCUUGCGACUUCAGAUAUUUUUGGAAACUUUGGGUGUGUCAUCUGCAGUGUUAUAUAUUCCACCUGACCUGCGGCUCCAGGUGUUAGCGACACGUUACUGGCUGGUAAAUGCGCGGCCUCAGCCGAACCUGCUGCAUCUUUGGGGUCUCCUACUGGGGAUGGUCUAUGGACGGCUCAACAUCACGGCCAGGAAACAAAUAGACAGACAGUUAAGGCAAAGAAGUCGAGGAAAAGUCUAUCUGGAUCAUGAGGUUGCUCAUCUGUACAGCCAAUGGCAGUCUUGUUUGUUUUGGAGUCUCUGUCUCAAUCAGUUACUGUGUCGUCCACUUCCUGAACCAGAGUGUGCACGGUUGUACCAGGGAACAUUUGUUCACCAGGCUGCUCGGGAGUUCAAGAGAGGCAUCAAACCAGAGUCUCUGCUGGCGAAGGGCUCCGAAGCGGAGAAGCUAUUCAGACAGUUGAGCGAUGCGGUUUUGAGUUUAGUGGAUGAAGAUGUUGUCAGGAGAAUCAGUACCAAAUACAGGAACAGAGCUGUCGACAAAACACAAAGCAACAACAGAUGCAAGAAUCAGUCUGCGGAUGAACUGAGCUUUGAGCAUAUAGAUAUUGAGGACUAUGAUGAUGAUGAUUAUGAUGAUGAUUAUGGUGGAAAAGAUGGAAGAGAGAGGAAGGACCAAAAAUCGGACAUGAAUGAAUCUAUCCUCAAAGCCCGUACCAGACACAAGGCCAAAGCACGCAAUGCUAAUAAUCCCUCAAAGAAAUCUGAAAGGAGAUGCUAUGACUAAAUAUAUUUGGUAUCUUAGGGUUUCCAAAUAGAUUUAAAUAACACUUGUGCUCAGGGUUGUAUGGCCCAUUAAAAGAUGAGACGAGGAACUUACAGAAAAGGAAUACUCUUACAGUUACACUUUCAACGAAAAUGUUGAAAGGCUUUGCGUGCGUGUUAAAAUACACAAGAAUGGCUACAAGACUCGAAACACUAGCAGUUUGAGAAAAUCACUUACCUUUUGAAUGCAGCAUUAAUAUCUGCGACACAGAAAUACAAGUUCAUUCAUUUAGCUUUUAUAAAGGGUUUAGACAAUCAUCUUAUGUUUAUCAUUAUUCAAGGUGCAGUGUGUGGAUUUUAGCGGCAUCUAGUGGUGAGGUUGCGAAUUGCAAUUGACGGAUCAGUUCACCGCUCACCCCUCUCUUUUGAAACGAACAGAGAAGCUAUGGUAGCCACCACAGGACAAACAUAUCAUUAUCAAAGACAUGCUUUGUAGAGCAGUUUGUCCAUUUAGGGCUACUGUAGAAACAUGGCGGUGCAAAAUUACGACUUACCUGUAAGAGGACACACAAUAUAUAUAAAUAAAACCGUUUAUUCUAAGGUAAUAAAAGCAUAACGGUUCAUUAUGUAAGGUGUUUAUACACCACUGAUAAUAAUGUUAUGUUUAUAAAAGUAUACUGCAUUUCUGUCAAGGUAUCCUUUAAAAAUGUACACACUGCACCUUUAAAGGGACACUCCACUUUUUUGGAAAAUAUGCUCAUUUUCAUUGCAUACACAAUAAUAAUACGCAGGGCCCGAAAAUAGUCCCCUGCUAUUGAAAGUCACUAAGGGGACUAUUUUCGGCUGCUGCUUAAUAUCAUUUUGCCUCCUGCAGCCAUGCAGCAGCAAAGACCUUGAUAAUUACGCUAGAAUGAGAGUAUAGUCCUAGCCAUAUCAACCUAGAAAAUUGCAACUUUUAAUUUUCUGUCGUUCUUAGUACACGAUGUAACUACAGAAGAGUCAAGAUUUAAAUAGGAAAAAUAUCGAAACUCGUUGGUUAUUUUUUUGUGCGAUGCUAAUGGUCUAAUCAGAUUCAAUUGAUUGUGCUAAGCUAUGCUAAAAGUGGUACCGCCAGAACCGAAGAUUGGCUGAAUGGAUUCCAAAACGGUAAAAAUCAAAAUGUUUAACUCUAUGGGAGCUGGAAAAUAAGAAUAUUUUUUUUAAAAAAGUGGAAUGUCGCUUUAAAACAAAAGUUUUUUGUGUAAUUGAUUUUAAGUGUACAUUUACAAGUUUUAAUCCUUAUUGAAUGACUGAUUAGUUAGUAUUGAAUGUUAUACUUUAUAGUGUUUUAACUUUUCUUGUACCUACCACAAACUGUCAGAGAAAAAUGUCCCAAGCUGUCACUGUAAUGGGGCAGUACCCUUUAAAUAGUGUAUGUACCAAUUAGGUACAGAUAUGUAUACAUUUGGUACAAAUAAGUACCUUUGAGGUACUAAUAUGAACUCUUUUGGCACAAAGGUGUACUUUUUGAAAGGGUAGUGACAACAAGAGGCCAGUUUUUAACCAUUAUGUCUGACCAUCCGUAAAUCAUUUCGUGUUCAUGUUGUGCUUUUUAUGAAAGAAGCCUAAAUAAUGUAUCACUGAUUCUUGAAACUUUGGCAAAAACAUGUCCCACUAAGAAAAGUGCUAAUUCUGUUGGAAAUUAAUAACAGUUUCAUGAAGAAAAAUAAUCAAUGUUAUAAUCAGGGGGUCCUUUGCACAUAUGUAAGGUUCUUUUAUAGGUUUAUUUUAAUUUUUUAUUAAUUUAAUGAUUAUAUGCUGGCCCAUUGCCUACAAAAUCAGCUGUCCUCAGUUAAGAGAUAAUCAUUUCAACUUGAUUAAAAAAAGCCAAAAGUAAUAAUUGAAUUGAAUGAUAUAUUUACUACAUGAAAGGGUACAUUGUAAUAUGUAUUAAAAACUACAAACAGUGAGUUUUGAACAAUAUUUACUAUUAUUUUGUGAUUGCUCAAAAUGUGUCCUACAUAUUCGUCACCACUGGUAUUUGUUCAAAUGAAUGCAAAGAUAACCGAACAACAAAAUGUACAAAACGUUUAAACUUGUAAAAAUUUUAUUGUACAAUUGUGUUUUGAAAUGACCACAAUAUAUUACCGGUUUAAGUUGUGCAAACCACAAUAAAAUAAAUACAAUCUUAAAAAUACAAAAUAAA